CUUUGCUUCAACGCAACUCAGAAGGAUCCGAUUCGAAGAACGAGAGAAAAGGGAAAUCUUUCGAUCAAAAGCUAGGGUUAGGGUUUUUUUUUUUCUGUGAAAUCUCGACCAAAAGCUAGGGUUAGGGUUAGGGUUUUCUGCGAUGCCGAAGAACAAGGGAAAGGGAGGGAAGAACAGGAAGAGAGGAAAGAACGAGGCAGACGACGAGAAGCGCGAACUCGUCUUCAAGGAAGAUGGGCAGGAAUACGCGCAGGUGCUGCGCAUGCUUGGAAACGGGCGGUGCGAGGCUAUGUGUAUCGACGGCAACAAGCGCCUCUGCCACAUCCGCGGCAAGAUGCACAAGAAGGUCUGGAUCGCCGCGGGAGACAUCAUCCUCGUCGGCCUCCGCGACUACCAGGACGACAAGGCGGACGUCAUCCUCAAGUACAUGCCCGACGAGGCCCGUCUCUUGAAGGCUUACGGAGAGCUUCCGGAGAACACCCGCCUUAAUGAAGGCAUCGCCGCCGGCCUCGACGAGGAGGAUGAAGGCGCUGGUGAUGACUAUAUCGAGUUCGAGGACGAGGACAUCGACAAGAUCUAGGUUUUGCCGAGAUCUCUCUCUCUCUCUCUCUCUCUCUCUAUACAUAUCCUGGUCUGUUUUACUAAGUUCCUGUUUUGUUUUCUUUCUAUUGCUAAGGAUUUUAUUAUUUGCGGUAAUUGAAGGAUUUGAUGAAAAUAUAUGUUACUCAGCGAAUUUGGGCUCUUUUCGAUUUGAAAUGAUAGAGAAUUACCGUUUA